AUGACAGGUAACCGUGAUACAGUUGUGUUUCCCUGCUAUAAAGAAACAUGGCAGGUAGUGCAAGCUCUACUGGGAGACCUCAAAAAUUUGUCCCAGUCAGUAAAUGGUGACCUGAAGGAGUUAUGUAAGGAACAUCAGACAAUUGUCAAUAUAUGCAAUGGGUUAGGAGAUACAGAGGAAACCAACUGGGGAGAGAAUAGUCUAUUUGGAUUAGCGAAAUUCCUGAAGAAACAAGCCAAUAAAGAAGAGAGACGUUUAUUCCUCCAGUCCACUUUCCCUGCUAUCAUUGACCUGGCUUUAGACCAUCCAGAAGUCAUACCAUCUCAAGGUAUUGGGUACAGUAAACAACAACAGGGUAAUACCACAGUAAUCAGUCGGAGAUGUGUAGCAUCUAUUCUUGCCUGUGGAUUCCUAUGUUUGUUUGAGGACAGGGGCAAGCCAUGGAAGGGUCACCAGUUAACAAAUGUUAUCAAUUUCUCCAACUUUUUCAAAAAUCUUCAAAUGCCAUCCCAAUUUGCCAAACUUAGAUGCAUUCUGAACUAUUUUGAGCAAGUUGGUGAAAGAGGAAAGACCUUAGAAGGAAAUGUAACUUAUGUUCGACAGGUAAGUUUUAUACUGUUUGCACCAUGGGAAGAAAUGCCGACUAUGGACUCUUGGUUAAACUGUGAACAGGAACUAUGUCCUUUGAGGGUAUAUGAAGAUGGUCUUAUAGAAGAUGCAGGAUGUGAAGCAGUGGAGGUGGACUUUGCUAAUAAGUAUAUUGGUGGAGGUGUGUUAGGGAGAGGUCGUGUUCAAGAGGAGAUAAGGUUUACUGUGUGUCCAGAGUUGAUCGGAUCCAUGCUUUUCAUGGAAUACAUGGAAGAGAAUGAGGCCAUUAUCAUCAAGGGCUUUGAGCAGUUCUCUGCCACUCAAGGCUAUGCUGGCAGUCUUCUAUAUGUGGGUCCACACUCAGAUCCUGUGACGGUAAACGAGAAUGGUGACCUGAUGAGUACCCUGUGUGCCAUUGAUGCCGUUUCCUACAGGAACAACUUACAGGAACAAUACAGUGACUACAUGUGUGUGAGAGACCUUAACAAGGCCUACGUAGGCUUCAGUGCAAGGUGUCUGAGGGGUGUGACUCCACCGCGCCAAAAUGGUGGACAGACUGAUCUUGAUUCUCCAUCAGAGGACAAAGUAAGCACACCGACUGAUGAGGAGUACCUCACAGCCACUGAUGAUGAGAUGGAAGUGGAGGAAAAUUUCAAUGCGGUUUCCAAUCUUGCAGAUGGUCUCCUUGUUGACAUUCUUUCCUCAGCUCUACUGGAAGCUUCAAGUUGCCUUAAAGGUCAAGGUCAGGGACAUCAUGGUAGUCAUUGUCAAAAUGUUCCGCCCACUCAACAGAUUUCUGUCAAAUUUGAGGAAGCAUCUAUUAAGCCUGGUGAUGGAUUACCACUGGAAGGGAAAGAGAACUUGGAUGUAGAUCUUUCUGAUUGGGUGUCCAGGUUUAGGAGACGCAGUUCUAAUUUAAGUGACAUUGGUUCACGUAGUAGUACCACUAGUACGAGGCAGAGUUCAGAGUUUAGUUCAGAGUUUGAAGAAUUCUAUGAAAACUUCCAAAAACGAGAACAACCAGUGAUUCAAAAAACUAUUAAAGAAGAGAAUUUUCUAGAUAUUAAUGAAUAUGCCAUCAAUUUAGCAGCAAAACUUUUACAUGAGGGAACAGUUUUGGCAGCUCACAUUAAGAAACCAGGCAUUCAAAACUUCCAUUCUAGUGCUCCUGACAAAUCAAUGGUGAAACCAAAAGCCAGGAAGAAAUCCACUGAUAGCAUGGAAAGUGGUAGUAGUGACACAGACGACCAUGUCCUUGACUCAUCAUUGUCACAUGCUCAACAACAUUCCAUUGAACAGCCUAGCGAGAGGCUUCAAACCUCAGAGACAAAAUGUGAUAUUUCAGAAGCUACUGCAAGGAGAUUUGCAGACAGUUUUAUCAGGACACUUUUUCCAUUCCCAGAACAGAUUACUAGAGAUUCCAACAAGCCAAGCUGUGAUGAGGAAGCAGAUUUUGGGGCAUCUUGUAGCACUGGCGAUACUUUUCCUGCGGCUGGAAGGCUGGAGGCUAGUGCUUCAUCAGAAUUAUAUACUGUGUAUACAUCUGAUCUCUUAAGACAAGAUAUUUUAACAGAACAAAACAAAAUGAAGAAAAACAAUUACCUCAAAUCUAAGUCAAAAGACUUGGGGAAUUCUUCACGUGCAAUGGCAAGAGAGAUGAAGAUGGUGGCUACAGAUUUUGUACAUGGGGUUGUGAUUGGAGCCCUUCAGAAAUAUUCUGAGGAGCUAGACAGUGAUAUCAGUAUUCAGGAUAUAGACCAUGAUACGUUUGAUAGUGAUUCUGAUUCAGGUGGCAUUGUGUUAAAGCAGGAGGACGAGAGAAUGAAUGAAUGUGAUGAUAUAGACAAUACAGAUAGCAAACUUGUGUUUGAUCAUCUAGCUGAGCAUGAAAGUUACAAUAAAGAUGUUGACAGUUCAAACAAUGUAUUUUUCCUUGGAGAUAGUGCCAGUGUCUGUGACGCAAGGAAUCAGGCACAGAGACAUUCCAACACACACAAUCAAGUCGUUGAGACUUUAAAUUCUGAUAGACCAUUAACUGCAGCUGAUAUUAUUGUCCAAGUUGAGAAUACUGAUGAGAAUUGUAGGAUACCGCAAGUGAUGAUCACUGAUGAAAGCAAACAUGAACAAAUGUCGGAGGAAGCUUAUCUAAAUGUUGCAGAAAGGAUUGUACAGGACCAGGUUGCAAAUGCACUGUUAGGUAUGGCCUCUUUAAGUAGAGAAAAUGUGUCAAAUGAUGCAAGUGUGAGACCUAAAACUGAGAGAGUUCCAAGGAAAGGAAAGUUGAGACCAAAAUCCAAAUUAUCUGAUAAUGAACUGGAACCUCCUAGAAACAAAUACCGCUGCCAUAGCACCAACAGUAGUGGGAGUUGUCUUUCUUUGUCUCGUGAUAACCACCGUGAAUUACAUGGUGAGGAAAAGGAACCUCGGAAAGUGACUUUCUUUGCGUCCUCGCUUUCUAGAGAUCUCCUAACCAAUGCCUUUGUGGAAGUUCAGCGGAAUAUGAAUGGCGGUAAUGUUUAUCGCCGGAGUAGUGAACCUUUAAAAAUUUCAAAUCAUGCUGCAAAAUGCCUGAUUGAGAAUUCAACCAAUGGGACCACUGGAAAGGGAGAAAAACACAUGAGUUUGACGGAUGAAGAUGUAGGAAGAUUUGCUCAGGAACUCAGUCGAUGGGGAUCCCUAGAGGAGUUCAGGGCACAGCUUCGCCGUGGCUCUUGUGGGUUUAGAGACCCAACCCUUUCUCGGUAA